GAGAGAUAGAGAGAGAGAGAGAGAGAUGGGUUCCACUUCCACUUCCACUUCCACUCCCUUUCCAGCAGCUGAUAAGCCUCAUGCUGUAUGUAUUCCAUAUCCAGCUCAGGGCCACAUAAACCCAAUGCUCAAACUAGCAAAACUUCUCCACCACAGAGGUUUUCACAUAACUUUCGUCAACACAGAGUACAACCACCGACGCCUACUCAAGUCCAGGGGCCCCAACUCACUAGACGGCUUGCCGGACUUCAGCUUCGACACCAUCCCCGACAGCCUCCCUUUUUCCGACGCCGACGCUACCCAAGACAUCCCUUCUCUCUCUGAGUCCACCUCAAAAAACUGCUUAACCCACUUCUGCAAUCUCCUUUCAAAACUCAAUGACACAUCAUCUUCCGACGUCCCGCCGGUGAGCUGUAUCGUCUCCGAUGGUUGCAUGAGCUUCACCCUCAAAGCUGCUGAGAGGUUUGGUCUCCCCGAAGUUAUGUUCUGGACACCAAGCGCAUGUGGCGUCUUGGCAUACACACAAUAUCGCCACCUUGUUGAAAGAGGUUUUACACCCCUGAAAGAUAUGAGCUACGUCACAAAUGGGUAUUUAGAGACAAUUGUAGAUUGGGUCCCAGGAAUUAAAGAUAUUCGAUUGAGAGAUUUUCCGAGUUUCAUUAGAACCACAAACCCAGAUGACAUCAUGCUCAACUUCCUCAUCACAGAAGUUGCAGGCAUUACCAAAACCACUGCCAUCGUUUUGAACACCUUCGAUGCAUUGGAACAUGAUGUUUUGGAGGCUCUUUCAACCAUGCAUCCUCGGAUAUACACCAUUGGUCCUAUACACUUGAUGCUCGAACAGAUUCAAGACAACAGACUUAAAUCCAUCAGCUCAAAUCUGUGGAAAGAGGAUACAACUUGCAUCGAAUGGCUCAAUAACAAGCAACCCAACUCAGUACUGUACGUAAACUUUGGCAGUGUCACUGUAAUGACAGCUCAACAACUCACUGAGUUUGCAUGGGGGCUUGCUAACAGUAAGAAACCCUUCUUGUGGAUAAUAAGGCCUGAUAUUGUUGUCGGAGACUCGGCCAUGUUGCCACCGGAGUUUGUGAUGGAGACAGAAGAAAGAGGCAUGUUGGCAAGCUGGUGUCCACAGGAGCAAGUGUUGAAUCACCCCGCGAUUGGAGGGUUCUUAACGCACUGCGGAUGGAACUCCACAUUGGAAAGUGUUUGUGGUGGUGUGCCAGUAAUUUGUUGGCCAUUUUUUGCUGAGCAACCAACGAAUUGUAGAUACAGUUGCGUUGAAUGGGGAAUAGGCAUGGAGAUAGAUAAUGAUGUGAAGAGAGAUGAAGUUGAGGGGCUUGUAGGGGAGUUGAUGGAGGGACAGAAGGGUAAGGAAAUGAAGAGGAGGGCCAUGGACUGGAAAAACAAAGCAGAAGAGGCCACUCGACCUGGUGGGUCUUCUCACAUGAACUUGGAGAAAUUGUUCAGCGAGGUCCUCUUACCAAAGUAAUUAGUCGAAGGAAAAUGCAAUUUCAGACUUAAAAUUCAGACUUCGUGAUGAAUCACAAGUAAUGUAACUUAAUAUUUAUUGCAAUGAGACCUAUAGUUAAGUCAAU